UUAGAGAUUCGGUUGUCCUUAUGGGAGACUUUAACACUCCCCUCCAACCUAUGGAGCCCUUGAUAGGUGGCUCCCACACAUUCUCCUGGGGAAAGGCUCGCACUCAGAUUGACUUUGUGCUCACCAAGCAGGGAGAGGCUCUACUUGCACCCUUGGACCGACCCACCGAGCCAGCACACCUCUGCAAGAUUGCGUUGGUCAGGCUUGCUGCAAAGUCUUUCCUAGAGCCCCAGCACAACCCCGCCGAGUUCCGUGGCAGACUGAUCAGGUACGCAAACAAGGACUCCGAGGAUGGUUUCAGGCCGCGAGACGUGCUGUACUGCUUGAAGCCAUGCAAGAAGCAGAGGCGCAUGCAACUCCGUGGUGAAGGUGGUACCAUGCUUCUGCCCCAGGAAGAACUUCAGCUUCUGCAGCAGCACUUCCAGCAUCGCUUCACGGCCCAGGAUGCUGCGGAUCAGAACCUUAUGCAACGUGCCUGGCCGGGAAGUGACAACCUCACACUGGAUGCACAGGACCUGUGUCGUGCCAUUCAGACUGUACCCCGUCGCAAGGCGGUGCCAUACUGUCACCCCCCGAGUGCUGCCUGGAGACUGUGUGCUGACCUCAUCUCCCCAUGGCUGGUUACCACUCUCCAAGCUGCCUGGACCACCUCUGCCAUACAGGUCCCUCGAUGCUGGACAGAUGUGGAUCUUGCCUUGGUAAAAAGGUUCUUGGCCAACUGGUGCAACCGUACAUUCCCGGCAUACUGCAACACAUCAAGCGAUUUCCUCAGUUUGCUUAUCAACAGGGACGAUCGCAAUAUGAUGCGCUCCGUAGAGUUUUUGCACAUUGUGCUGCAGUACGUCACCAACUCAGGCAGCGCACCAGAAACCUUCACCAGCGCUAUCAAGGGCACAAGCCUGAUGCCCAGGAGCAAACUCUACGCAGGCAUGUGUCGGCUGGACCUGCCACAGGCCAAAGUUGGUCGAGACACGGUCCUGCGAAUCCUCACCAUUUUUGCCGACGAUUACCACCUGGCAGUGUCGGCUGGAAAAUCCAAAGCCAUUCUGGCCCUGCGUGGGACGCUUAGCAAUACAGUUCGCAAAAAGUAUGUGCGUCCGGCCCAAGAUGGUUCAGGAGAAGCGUGCUACCAUCGCCUCGGUGCGGUGCUGAAAGGAAUCAAGCUGAUGCAUCACCCGGACAUGCUCCGACUGCUAGCUGCACAUGGAGUUAACUUCAUCAUGCGAGUCCCGAAUAGACUAAGCAGCCCCGCCAUCACAAACAGCAGUGCUCUGUGCUCUGGCAGUUCUGCCUUGCUGCUACUGGUCGUUCUGCACCAGAUACUCAGCUCGAUGACAACUCCGGAUCAGCAACAUGCAGAAAUCUUCGGGGAUUUGGCAACCACUCAAGCAGCGGCCUUCGGAGCUGCACUGAUGGAGAGUGCCAAUCUGGACCAGGACCGACAAAAUCUGCCGAACAAAGUCGCCAAGCUGGAAGGGGGGGGGAAGAGGCAGAGGCCAAGAGGAGGCAAUCCAACCUGCUCCUCCUUUGGAAGCCAGCUGGACAGGGGGGGCAGAGGCCCGAACCUCAGACAGGAACAGGCCUUGAUCAAAGCCAUGGGGCGCCUCAUCCUGAGACAGGAAACCAGCAUUCAGGUUCUCAAGCAGAACUCUGCCUGGGAUCUCUAUCUGCAGCCCGGACCUCAGGGUCCCAUCCCAAUGCUUUUCAAAGCCUCGUCGACCUACAGGGAGGAAUCCAAGAACAAGCGAAUGGACCUGCCCUUACGUGCCCAGCUUCUGAGCACAUUGUUCCAGACGGUCCUUCAAUGCAUUCAAGCUGUGGGAACCCACCCCGAGCAGACAAAGGUGGUGCAGGCCAAGGGCUGGAUGAACCAGGAGGGCAGAUGGGCAUAUCAGCGUUGGGACCCUUCGAUUCAGGCUCUGAUCGUGGACGAGAGCCGCUCGCCAAUGGAGCAUCAGGAAUUGGUGGGGCUCCUAGGAGCCUUGGCGACCGCUGUCAGAGCCAAGGAUGUGAUUCAUCGGUUCAACGCCACACACCCGAUCACGCCAGACCAGAAGGGCACCUCACGGUUCCUGCUGGAAGUCGGCCUCAGGGCACAAGGUGUUGCGGAGGUUUGGCUGGGCUUGGAGAAGCUUCAGAAUCUUGCAGCAUUACAAGUUGUAGGGAUGCAGCUCCGCAGAGAUGGACUCCAACGCUGCAAUUUGGCGGCAGACAUUCAGAAGAUGCUGGGAGAUUACUGA